AGCCGCCUUGGGGGCGGGGUCAGGAGGCGGCGCGCGCGCGUCCCCAGAGAGGAAACGGAAAUGCGUAUCGGUAUUAAAGGCGUCGCCCCGCCCCUCGCGAGCCUCUUUCCGUCUCCGGCUGCCGCGGCGCGAGGAGCUGCCGCCAUGUCCGCCCACCUGCAAUGGAUGAUCGUGCGGAACUGCUCCAGCUUCCUGAUCAAGAGGAACAAGCAGACCUACAGCACCGAACCCAAUAACCUGAAGGCCCGCAACUCCUUUCGCUACAACGGCCUGAUCCACCGCAAGACGGUGGGCGUGGAGCCGGCGCCUGACGGCAAAGGCGUGGUGGUCAUCAUGAAGCGCCGGUCCGGCCAGCGGAAGCCGGCCACCUCCUACGUGCGCACCACCAUCAACAAGAACGCGCGGGCCACGCUGAGCAGCAUCCGGCACAUGAUCCGCAAGAACAAGUACCGGCCGGACCUGCGCAUGGCGGCCAUCCGCCGGGCCAGCGCCAUCCUGCGCAGCCAGAAGCCCGUGGUGGUGAAGAGGAAGCGGGCGCGGCCCACCAAGAGCUCCUGAGCGCCCCCCCUCCCCCAGACAAUAAAGGCAGCACUGCUCGCCUC